CUCGACGCCGAAAGAGUUUUUGUUUUCUCGGAAAUCGUUCAUCAAAUCGUGAGAUAUCGUCUGGUUAAACGACUCCUGUAAUUCGUGCACCCAGCGCCGGGAACGUCGGUUGACAAAAUUAAUGGGGUACCUUCCUACCGUGACGUCUUGUUUAAAAUGACAGAUGAGCUUGUGUCUAAUUUUCUGGUGUCUCUCGCUGCCUCUGUUUCGCGUACAAUCGGCUACAUCUUCCACGAUAAAAAAAUAACAUUUUCGAGGAUUUAUAAAUCACGCGACUGUAAUUAAUUAUUGUCUUCUGACGGUUUCCCAUAUUUUUUUCAUUCUUUAGCAAUUCUUUCGUGUUAGUUAGUGUAGUUAAAUGUAAUCCAUUCGGAUAUGUAAAUUCAGUUAGAUAUCCUCGUCAUCUUCGGUAUAGUUCGCUGUUAAGCGAGUUAAGAAACGAAGAAAGGAACAUCAGCGUAUCUACGUGCGACGAUAAAUGCCAUUCUCCUUGUAUCUAACAGGAUAUCAUUUUCAAACACGCUAUACAUACAUAUAUUAUUUCUAUGUUUUUUAAUAGAUGAUUUGAAUUUAUAAUGAGCAGAUUUCAUAAGAAAACAAUAAAUAUACAAACGCAUUAAUUCGUCAUUAAUUUACAUUAAUUUAUUUAAUUUAUUUACGAACAGUAGUAGAACUAUGGGAUCAAGAACGAUAAACAUCGUGUAAUGUCCGCUUUUAUUAAAUUCUGCUCAAGCUAUAAGAAAGUUGAAAGAGUGGAUCGACGCAACGAGGGUUUUAAUGAAUUUCAAUGAGCUUCCACGACCCUUCGUUUGCAUAGGGGCUUAGUCAAACGUUAGAUGUAAACGACGGGAUUUGAGAUUGUUUCAAUCUCUGUGUACUGACUCUGGCCGUACUGUAACGGGGUGCAUUUCAGAGUAGUCAUCCUUUAUUCUUCAUGUCGAAAGAGCAACACAACGUCAUUCGCGCACGCCGCGUGUCUUUUUAGUUUCGCCGCGAGGGUUCUAUUCAAUACGCACGACUUUACACGUACUCUCGUUUUAAAAUCUUCUUUGAAGAAGUUGUGAAAAUCAAACAAUGAUCGUGUAUAUUUUCUCGAUACUUACGACAAUAAAUAUUUAUAUUGUUAUUGAUAUCCUUGUACUAAGUAUCUGUUUGAGAGUAAAUAUAUUCUCUUAGUAUACUGAUAUAGUAGUAUACUGAAAAGAAAUAUUCGUAGAGAUUCAAUUUUACAUCGUGAUUUAGAGUUGGAAUUUUUAAACUUCGAUUUGCAUUCAAUUAUUUUUAUUACGUUUGUACGUGUCAAUGAUUUGAAAUCGCGUUAAUUUUUUUCCGCAAAUUAGCAAUAACGUAUUAUUAAAUAUAGGUUCUUCAAGAAAUAGCAACAAAUUCCAAAUAUAUCCGAAAAUCCAUAUAUAUAAAAGUAUACUAACAAAAUUCGGCUGGAAAAAUCUGGGAUAUCUUGUAUAUUAAAAGAAUCUCAUCGACGCGUAAGCAAUGAUAUAACGUAAAGAAGUGUUAGUAAGACUAACAUGUGGAGGAAGCGAUUCAUUGAGAAAAUAACAUAUUGCGUUGUUCCUUCUUUUAAUUUGCAUACAAUCAUGUUCGCAUUAAUUAGUCACAAAACCCAAAUGCUUAAUAUUCAUUUGGAUUUCGUGUUACCUAACGUUUUAAGAGGCAAUUAAGAUCUCCGAUUUCUCAGACAGCACACUUUUCGCUUUCGGUUAAGUCUUCCCUUUUUUUAUGCCACUUAGAUCCACGGAGGUCAUUGUAAUUUUCUUGCACACGUACAGCAAUCACUGUCAUUACUAUAUGUAUGUAUACAUCCUGUUUGAAUACUUAUCCCUUCCUCGGAGCUAUUCCUUCGUACAACAUCGAAAACUCUGCUCGAAAAAAUAGUACCAAUCGAAGAAACAAUGGAGAAACGAAUAAGAGAGAUUGCUCUUUUCGUUUUUUUGACGGUGUUUGCAUGGGAAAGUUAUAUAUCCUGCAUAGAGAUUUCUUCGCAGAUUGUAUUUGAUUCUCAAGAAAAUGAACGAGAUCCGAACGAUUUCUACUCGAAAGAUUCUCUUAAUUUAAACCAAGUUAACGAUCGAUUAGCAACGACUCGACGGAUUCCUAAAUCUUUUAUCUUCGCGAUAAACAGUGAGAAUGCAUUUAGAAUGUCGAAUAAAAAAAGGAGUCAUUUUAUACAAGUAAUUCUACCGUUUUAUAUUCGAAGAACUGUUUGUAAUGUGUUAAACAAAAAGAUGAAGAUCGAAAUGAAAUAUUUCCAGGACGAUCCAACGAGGCAGCCAGCUGUUAUUAAUAAUAUUCAAAUUAUUGUGAACGAAAAUGGAACAAAGUCCGGCAUAGACGUAUGCAAAAAUGGGAUUUGUAACAUCUCAGUCUCGUCAAGACUCAAUAACGAAGGUAACAUUGUAACUGACGUUCAUCUUACCGUAAUAACAAAAUUAGAGACUGAUUUUAAGACGAAUGAUAUUCCAAUUGUGGACGGAGUUCGUGGUGUAGCAAAUACGUAUGAUCUUGGUCUUCGUCAUCUAAAUCGGUCACGUCCAUCGACAUACUUAUACAAUACUCCACAGAUCCAAAGUCGUUACCAAGGCGGUGAACCUUGGUACCAAGGCCGAAGGAGUUUUCAAAGACCUCGAAUUAAACCUGUUGUUGACGACAAAAUAGAACCGCCUCUUAGCAAAACUCAAUGGAACAAGGAAUAAAAAUCAAGAAAUUAUUAAUGUACGACGUUUCUCUUGCGAACAAUAUCGUCGUGUUUAAUAAAAUACAAAUAACGACUUUAUAUUUACUUGAUUGCUUUACAAAGAGAUUUCAAACGAAACAAGAAAUAUUCACAACUGUUUCUACAGGCAUUUAAAUAUAGAUAUUGUCCCAUUCGCAGCUAUUAGAACACCUAUAGAAAUCAAGGUAAGCAAAACAAAACAUUAGGAACUUGCUGAAAAUCGAGGAUUAUUACUUCGUUCAGAACUUCAUCGGUAAACUAUGGAUUUUUAUGCGUUUACGCAUUACUUGCAUUCAUAAAAAUAUUAUAUAAUUUGCAUAAAAAUCCAUGGUCUACUCGGUUAUAA